UUCAAAUAAAUGUAAAAAAGGGAAUGGAUAUGUUAAUGUUUACAAAAAUGGAAUGAUUAAAUAUAGAAAUAAAUUGUUGGAUGAAGUUGGGGUUGUGAGAGAAAAUAAAUGGAUUUGGGUAUACGGACAAUAUCCAUAUUCCAAACCAACUAAUUCUGGAAAUAUUUAUUCUUUAUUUUAUUAUGAAGUGACUAUAUACAAAGAAUUAAAUUCAAAAAUUUGUUAUGCGGGUAUUGGCUUUGGUAUUGUCGAUACAAUAAUAUUUUUGUGUAAUAGUACCACUAAUUGGGGAGAUUAUCAAAAAUUUGAAUGGGAAGAUGGAGAUGUUUUUGGUUGUGGAAUUGUUUUCCCUCCAAAGAAUGAUUUGAAGACAAAGGCUUAUGUAUUUUUUACUAAAAAUGGAGAUAAAAUUGGUGAACGUUUAUAUUUAAAUUAA